CCGCGGUACGCCCGCCCUCCCGCCGGCCUCCUCUGCCUCCGGGGCGGGGAGCGGCGAACGCAGGACCCGGAGCGGGCGGGUCCGCGGCGGCGGGUUGGGGCGGGAUGUUGCCUGCGCUGCCGGACGGCGACGAGCGGGAGCUGGAAAGCAGCGAGGAGGGCGGCGGUGCGGGUGAGGAGCGGCGGCCGGAGCGGCACGGCAGCACCUACCACAGCCUCUACGGUUACCGGAGCUGCAGAUCCUCACAGCAGGGAGCAGACAGUGGGAAUGGCAGUCCCAGCAGUGCGGCGGCAGAGACACCCUCCAGCGAAGACUUCAGCCUCUCCUUGCUGGACACUAACUUACCAGCUGAAGCAGAGACUGAAUUGCGCAGUUUUAUCAUUAAGCGUCUUACUAAAGGAGCCCUGUUUGAAGGAAUGGGGAAUGUAGCGUCAGUGGGGCUGAGCAUACCAGAAUAUAGAGUUGGUUGUUAUUACUGUCGUUUCCAACAAGAAAAUCUUCUAGAAAUGGCAACAGUGGAAUCGGACACCAACAAUGCUCCAGAAUACGUGGUUUGUUUCUUAGGUGGCUCAGAGAAAGGUCUGGAACUUUUCAGACUUGAGCUGGACAGAUACAUUCAAAGUCUGAAGAUAAACCUUGAUUUGGAGCAAAAAACCUUGGAGACCUAUGUUAACCCCUACUUCAGAAGCUGGUUUGAGAAUGCCAUAUGCCCUAUUCAGAGAGUAGUACAGCUCUUCCAGGAGAAACUCGCCUUUUUGUUACAUGCUGCUUUGAGUUAUACUCCUGUGGAAGUAAAAAACGCAGAUGAAAGAACAGAAAAAGACAUUAGCAGGUUUGUGGCAGCUGCCAGCCUCCAAGGACUCGUUCAGGAAGGCACAAUGACCUCCUUGUGUAUUGCCAUGACUGAGGAACAGCACAAGUCAAUGAUUAUAGACUGUAGUGGACCUCAGCCUCAGUUGCAUAAUGCAGGAAGCAACAGAUUCUGUGAGGACUGGAUGCAUGCUUUUCUGAAUGGUGCUGAAGGUGGAAAUCCAUUUCUCUUCCGGCAGAUUUUGGAAAACUUUAAAUUGAAGGCUAUACAAGAUAUUAACAACCUGAAGAGGUUUAUCCGCCAGGCUGAAAUGAACCACUACGCCUUGUUCAAGUGUUACAUGUUUCUAAAGAACUGUGGCAGUGGAGACAUCCUUUUGAAGAUUGUUAAAGUAGAACAUGCAGAAAUGCCAGAAGCCAGAAAUGUAGUGACCGUCCUUGAGGAAUUCAUGAGAGAAACAUCAGUAGCUUAAAAUUAUCUUAAUUAUUCUGUACUCAUUUGAGGCAAUGAAUUCUUACCCACACCAUAGGACAUUUAGACAGCAGAAUAAUUGAAAAAAAUCUUUGGCUACAGCUGGAAUCAAAACUCACGAGCCCUCUGAGUGACCACAUCAUAAACAAGGACUAGCUCUGCAAACCCAGUACCAGCAAAACUCCCUGUUGCUUUCCUUUGCAGCAGAGGGUCUUGUUUGAACACUUGACGCGGGGCAUUUGAACAACUCUACCUGAAACAGUAACCAACAGUCUUACUAAUGCAGUUAAGUUGGACUGUUCUGCCAGUGCUGUAUACUGUGAUGAUAAAAGUUGAAUGCUUUCCUGUAACACCACUGUGUUGAACCUAUAAUAAGGUUUACAAUAAAACACAUUUGAAUCCUUAA